AUGAGCUACUACGGCUCACUUCACACCCCAUCCUCCACCAUCGUGCCCCCCUCUGCGUCAUACAGUUCUGCCUCCGCCUUCAGUUCAGUGUGCUCAUGCUCGCUUCGCUACCUCUUCCAUACUCCUCUACUCACUUCAUCUCUCUUUCGCUCUAUUUAUCUCGACCCACCUUCAUGCCGGUAUUCCCAAUUUUCCGCUUGGUCGCCCAGCCAUUUACAUAUUGGUAUCCUCUUAUCGCCAAAAACCCCUUCCACGGGUUCGACCCUUCCGACACUGCUCGUCUCUCCAUCUGCUACUGGCACAAGUGGAGAGGCUCCUACACCCUGGGCCGGGAUAAAAUUGACCAAUUGCCAAAGUGGCUCCGUCUGA